GCGAGGCCUAAACCCCAGAAUUAUGGACUCCCUUCUUGCAUUGAAGAUUAGAAAGUUCGCGGACUUGGAAGAUAGAGCAGUGAUACUUGAGGAGAAUUUACGAGUCCGGGCAGGGGAAUUCAGUCAAAGGAAGAGGCCAUUUUAUGCCAUGGAGCAAAAUAAGGGCAAGAGACCUAUGUACAGCCCGAUGCCCAAGCCAAUCCAAGUGGUCAAACCUCCCCAACGUGGUACAACAGCGCCUCACCCUGCAUGCCAAAACUGUGGCAAACGUCAUGCUGGGAAGUGCCUUAUGGGGACUAACAUCUGCUUUAAAUGUGGUAAGAUAGGUCAUUUGGCACGGGAGUGUACAAUGCUUGUGGCCCCUAAUACUCAAGUGCAGAAUCAAGGGCAGAAGAAUCCAGCACCGGCUCGAGUUUUCGCGUUAACAUUUGAUGAUGCUGAUACUUCUCCUAAUGUGGUAACAGGUACAGACGAAUCUACUGAGGAGCUGAGUAUUACUGAGGAGGGAGAGGCCGAUGUUUAGUAGUCCCUGGGUAGUUUGGUUUCUUCUAUGAUGAUAUAUGUUUCUUAUGUUUCAAUAAUGGAAACCCUCCUACUUUAAGUUAGUUUUCUUUUGUAAUGACUAAAGGGACUGAGUCCCUUUUUGUUUAAAGUAGUUAUCUUAAAUAAAUGGAUGACGGACUCUGAGAGUCCUUUGUAAAGGAAUGUAAA